AUGGAGAAAAGUGGAUGUAGCGAAAGUGGAGCUGCAUCGAAGUAUAAGAGAGAAGAGGGAGCUGGCAUCGUGCUGCGUGCCUUCCUGGACCCAAAGGACAUUCAAGACAUUCAGAGAUGGCAUGGACGGGAUGCCAGGAGACGUGGCCCACAAAGAGAAAAAGGUGAGCGCGGCAGACGCAGCAGCAAAGGACUACCAGAAAAACCUGCUUCAUCUCCUGCAGGAGAAUGUGGAGAAAUGGGCGAGCAAAGAUUCAGAGGUAUUACUGGACCCAGGAGAGCCUGGUGA